AUGGGAGACAAAAGUAUCAUCAUUCCCGUGUUAUUUUUUUAUAUAUGCGCUAACUAUCUGCAUGUGUUAGUAGCACAAGACGAACCCGAUUGCUAUUUCACUGAUGGAUUUAGCGUUUAUGUAUUUAACAAGCUCCCUCCAAAUUCGGCUCCUCUAAAAUUGCAUUGUGCAUCUAAAGACGAUGACUUGGGAAAUCAUACACUUUCAACGAAUCAACAUUUUCAAUGGAAGUUUUGCGAGAACGUUGUGUGGAGUACGCUGUACUUCUGCCAUUUGUGGUGGGAUUCAAUGCAGAAAGCCUUGGAGACGUUUAAUUCGUUAAAGAGAGAGGAAUGUGAUACGGGUUUCUGCUUGUGGGUAGCCAAGACAGAUGGUAUUUAUUUCACUAAUGGAAGCAUAACAUUGAGUUCCUUAACAAAGAAAUUCGAUUGGGAUAUUUCACAUGCAAAAAAUGAUAUAGAUGUAAAGGAAGUGCUGCGAGGUUGUAUAUUCGACGGGAUGAACGUGUUUAUAUAUUCGUCGGGGUACGAGUACAUAACCUUGGAUCUUCUAUUGUAUGAUCUUUACACCAUCUCCAAUCAAUCUUGGUGGAGCGAUUAA